CCGUCACCCCUCCUAUUUAGAGCCUCCUUGCCACUCACUACUAUCAACCUCAGCGAUGAGAUCCAAGUUCAAGGAUGAGCACCCCUUCGAGAAGCGCAAGGCUGAGGCUGAGCGCAUCCGGCAGAAAUAUCCAGAUCGCAUUCCUGUGAUCUGCGAGAAAGCGGAUCGAACUGACAUUCCGACCAUUGACAAGAAGAAAUACUUGGUACCCUCGGACUUGACCGUCGGGCAAUUCGUCUAUGUCAUCCGAAAAAGAAUCAAGCUUGCCCCCGAGAAAGCCAUCUUUAUCUUUGUCGAUGAGGUUCUGCCACCAACUGCGGCUCUCAUGAGUGCGAUAUAUGAGGAACACAAGGAUGAAGACAACUUCCUGUAUGUCACUUAUUCAGGCGAGAAUACGUUCGGGUCGCAGGCAUUGGAUCCGUCAGAAUUUUUUGGGUCCUUGGAUGGCGAAUGAUAGAUCGUGGGCGUCGCGCAUCUCUGGAUUGGACUUGAUUCUGACUUUAUCCUCCGAACAUUCUCCAUCACGCGCCCCUUUAUUCCUCACUCAACGGCCAGUUUCCAUCCUCGACUUGUAUUGUAAUCAUUAUUCUGGAAAUUCCGAAAUAUUCAGCACUAGCAUAAUGUCGUCUACAUGUCUUGCCAAUUCGCCGUCUCCCGCAGCUGCUGAAACUCUACUCGUGUCUAUCUGCUUGGCCAUACCAUAUCGGAGAAUGCAUAUAAUUAGGUGUAGCAUAAGCAAGUCACGGAUCAUGAGGUUGCAUACAACUUGACGAUCCCAUCUGCGCCAGCGCUCGCCAGGAAAGGUAAACUACCAGGGUGGAAUGCCACAG